AUGAUUGAAACUGAUCAAAACAAAUUGGAUCCAUCAGCAGAUUUAAUCGUAAAUACAACAGCAUCACCAACAACUAAUUAUAAUCAUAAAUUAGCAUCACAUGAAAAGUUGGCUAAAGAAUUAGCACGAUCAAUACUACUAUGCGAUGAAAUUGCUUUUACAAAAACUAAACUUAGUCAUUGUGUUCCUUUAUGGAAGAGAAAAACAGAUAUUCAUGAAGCAGCUAUUGCACUUUUAUUAAAGAAACGACUCAUUAAACAAUAUGAAAAAGCGGCAACACAAACUACAACUCGUC